ACCAGAACAUCAACAGUUCAAGGACGAAGAGAAGCAACUCUGCAUCAGUCAGGAUGAAGAGCAUCUUGUGCUGAAACAGGAGACUGAUGACAUUUUGGUGAACAAACAGCAGAAAGGCACAACUGAGACUUCAGAAAAAGAAAAACACAAGAAAACUCAACCAAACCAAAAUCUAUAUUCUUAUAAAAUUUGUGAUAAAACUUUUUCUCGAAAUAAUUCCUUCAUGAUACACGUGAGAACUCACACGGCCAAGAAAUCUUUCACAUGUUCAACCUGUGGAAAAGGUUACCCUCACAAGAGUCGUUUAACUAAUCACAUGAGAAUUCAUACAGGUGAAAAACCGUUCACAUGUGCAGCUUGUGGAAAAAGUUUCCAUCAGAUUGGCAUUUUAAACAGACACAUAAGAAUUCACUCAGGUGAGAAGCCUUACACGUGCACAACCUGUGGAAAAAGUUUUGCGUCUAAAUCUCAGUUACUUGAUCACAUGACGAUUCAUACAGGUGAGAAGCCUUUCUCAUGUGGGAACUGUGGAAAAAGUUUCCGGAGGAAACCUGACUUGGUUAGUCACAUGAGAGUUCACACAGGUGAGAAGCCGUUCUCAUGUGGGACCUGUGGAAAAUGUUUCACUCAUAAAAAAAGUUUAACUGUUCACAUGAGAGUUCACACUGGUGAGAAGGCGAUCACUUGUAGCACCUGUGGAAGAAAUUGCUUGAAUAAAUCUCACUUAGUUGAUCACAUGAGAACUCACGCAGGUGAGAAGGCUUUCUCAUGUGGGACCUGUGGAAAAAGUUUCACUCAUAAAAAAAGUUUAACUGCUCACAUGAGAUUUCACACAGGUGAGAAGACUUUCUCUUGUGGCACCUGUGGAAGAAAUUGGUUGUAUAAAUCUCACUUAGUUACUCACAUGAGAACUCACACAGGUGAGAAGCCUUUCUCAUGUGCGACCUGUGGAAAAUGUUUUGCUGGAAAACACCUUUUACAUUUUCACAUGAAGACUCACACAGGUGAGAAUUCUUUCUCAUGUGGGACCUGUGGAAAAUGUUUUCCUUUUAGGUCAUUUUUACUUCAUCACAUGAAGAGUCACACAAGAGAGAAGUCUUUCUCCUGUGGGAUCUGUGGGAAAAGUUUCACUAAAAAAUACCUUUUAACUUCUCACAUCAGAAUUCACACAUGUGAGUAGUAGCUGUGCAUUGAUUUAUCAGCCAGCCGAUUAAUCUAUGUUGAUUUUCUUAAUUUUGGGACAUUGGUGAUCAGCAGAAACAUGCAUGUGAAGCCGAUCUGAUCCCCCAAUUUUAUUGACCUCACCCACUGUCCUCUUCUGUUCCGUUGAGAGGUUUGACUAUUAGACCGGCCCACCAGGUCAUGUCUGCACUUUUGCAAUCGGUGCACCCUUAGUGAAAAGUGAGGAAAAUGUUUUGUGUGUAGAUCCAGUUUACGUCAUCACAUGAAGAUUCACACGGGUUAGAAGCUGUUAGGUGAAAUGUGUAUAUAUAUUAUCAUAUAUUUGUUGUUUCAUUUAUAACAAUAGUGUUACUUAUAUGAUGUUCCGUCUUAUAUGCCUUUAUUGUUUUCUUUUCCUUCAGCAUAAAGAAUGUUUCUGUAUUGUUUGAUUUACUUUAUUUCCUUUUUACAAGAGGGCCUCCCUGAAGAGAAGCAGUGACAACCGAGCUCACGGGGUUUAUUGCUCAGCAGGACUGUUUCUUCCUUUGAACUGUUAGAUAGCUGUAGAACCGUCGCCUUGAAGAUGUACGACUUGUUCUUUUUUUACUCUGUGUCUUAAUGCAAGAUAACAUGUGUUUAGUCAGUGAUUGUCAUUAGCACUGCAACUAAGUAAUGAAAUGUUUUGUCCCCACCCCUUAGAGUUGCAGUGUUCUCUGUGAUAGGGACUCUGAAAGUAA